AAGUUGGAUAAAAUAUAGAAACGUGAAAUCUUGGAUGUCUUCAAUCGUAGAUAAUGAAAUAUUUGAAUUUUCUUUCAUUGCAAUUCAGUACAUAAUCUGUAUUAGUAGCUUUGGUGUUGUAAUUUGUUGAAUAGAAUUUAAUUAAAAUAGCUAAUGGAGAAUUACCUUCUAAUCGCAACUUUGAUUAGUGCAAGUCUUGUAUUUGGUUGCUAUGUACUUGUUCAGAUUGGGGAAACAUGCUCCCGCGACGUCAAUGACUGUGGUACGGGGCUGCAGUGCCUGGAAUGCAACUCACAAAGCCGGUGUACACGAGUCCGAACUUCAAGUCCUAUUUCAAAAGUGAUGGAGCUUCCAUUUAACCAUUACUCAUGGCUUACAACUCACAACUCUUAUGCUUCGAGGGCAGCGAACUUGAGUAUAGACUCUAAAAUUUCGUCGGUCAUGAACCAGGAAGACUCCAUUACAGAUCAGCUGCGUAAUGGUGUGAGAGGAAUAAUGUUAGAUAUGCAUGAUUACUAUGGUGACAUUUGGUUGUGUCGCGGACCGUGCACAAUAUUUACCGCCUUUCAACCUGCUAUUAAUGUUCUGAGAGAGAUCAAUACAUUUCUCACACGACACCGAACUGAGAUAGUCACCGUUUUCAUCAAGGAUCGUGUAACAUCACCAAAUGGUGUGAACAAGGUGUUUAAUAAAGCUGGUUUGAGGAAAUUCUGGUUUCCGGUAUAUAAAAUGCCAAAGAAUGGUAGUGAUUGGCUAACAGUUAAAAAAAUGUUAAGAAUGAAUCAUAGGUUAAUUGUGUUCACUUCAAAUGCAACAAAAGAGGCUUCUGAACGCAUUGCCUAUGAAUGGAACUAUGUUGUGGAAAAUAAAUAUGGAAAUGAUGGAAUGGGAAGAGAUCAUUGUUUACAUAGAGCAGAAUCAUAUCCAAUGAACACAACAACAAAAUCACUAGUCCUAAUGAACUAUUACAGAAAUGUCCUAAAUUCCAAUGAAGCAUGUAAGGAUAACUCAUCCCCAUUGAUUCGAAAGAUGCAUACUUGCUAUAAAGAUGCUGGUAACCGAUGGCCUAACUACAUUGCUGUAGACUUUUACAAGUUGAUUGUGCAUUCAGAGAGGUGAUGGUGGGGGAGCUCCAGAAGCAUUAGAUGUUGCAAAUCGAAAUUUGUUUGUGUGAGUUCAGUCAUUUAUAUAUGCAAUGUAUGAAACUAUACUUUCAUGUCGUUUUUUUGGUUACAUGGGAUGUAGAUCUUACAUGCUUAAGAACAUAUGUUAUAUUGACGGUUUCUGUUUCUGUCCUCCACUAUAUAUUUAGUUAAUAAGCAUACUUUUGUUUUGACAAAAUACAUACUUUUGUUUUGUUGGUCA